CGUUGUCCCUCCUAUUGUUAAAUUUGCGAUGAAUAUUGUUUCACUAAAUCUUGGAAAUGAAUAAUUAUAAAUUGUUAGGUAGAGUUGGGGAAGGAGCGCAUGGAUUUGUGUAUAAGGGCCUUGACAAAAGGACAAACGCAACAGUGGCGUUGAAGAAAAUAUCAAUAUUUUCUGACCUAGGCCUGCCGAAGAACACCAUGAGAGAGAUUUGCGCACUGAAGGCACUUAAAUCUAAAUAUAUUGUAAAAUUAUUGGAAGUAUUAGCGAUGGGGACCUCUGUGAUUUUAGUGAUGGAAUACCACCCGUGCAGUUUGGGAGACAUUUUGAAAAGCGGUAUGAAAUUAAAUGUGGGACAAAUUAAAUCCUACAUGAAAAUGUUGUUGUGUGGAAUAUCAUAUAUGCAUGACCACAAAGUAAUGCAUAGAGAUAUCAAACCAUUUAAUCUUUUGAUUAGUGAAGAGGGUAUGUUAAGAAUUGCCGAUUUUGGUCUAGCCAGAAUUUAUAAGAAGGACCCGAAAAGGCAGUACUCCCACCAAGUAGCUACAAGGUGGUACAGGGCCCCUGAAUUAUUGUACGGUUCUAGAAUUUAUAACCCUUCAGUAGAUAUGUGGGCUGCUGGAUGUAUUUUAGGCGAAAUGAUUAAUAAAAAGCCAAUUUUUCCAGGAGAGACGGAUAUUGAACAAUUGGCUAUAGUUCUAGGUAUUCUGGGAACUCCGAAUGAAAAAACGUGGCCCGGUUUAACAAAACUUCCCGAUUACAAUAAAAUUGCUUUUUAUCCAAGUAAUGGUAAAGAUUGGAAUAAAAUCAUACCUACAGCUGACGACGUCACUUUGGAUUUAAUUGGAAAAAUUUUAAUUUACGAUGGUAACAAAAGACUUACAGCCAAUGAGGCUUUGCAACAUGAUUUCUUUUUUAAAAGUCCUUACCCAAGUAAUCUACAAGAUAUGCCAAAAGUAGAGAAUUUAAAGAAUUUAGCCGCGUGGAAUUUUGAAUCUUUUGAAAAUUUAUUUAAUUAAUAGAAGGGUUAAUAAAAAUUAUAUGAAGUAAUAUAAAA